AUGGAGACUAUUUGUAUGAUUCAGAAGGCUUUUGGCGAUGAUGCAAUGAGGGCAGCACAAAUAAAAGUGUGGCCGGUCGUAACCUCCCCCCGCACAUCCAUCCCACUGUGGAUGAUCGCCCUGAUUGUGUUUGGAGUGCUGGCGAUCCUUGGAGUAACUAUUGGUCUCCUGGUUCACUUUCUAGCAGUAGAAAACAGGACCUACUACUACCAAGGUAGCUUUAACGUGCUGGACAUCCCCUAUAAUAGAAAUUAUGAAAGGGAAACAUCACCAGAAAAUAACUAUCUUAGCAAAAUUCUUGAGACUAGGAUGGAAGAUGCAUUUCAAAGUUCUAGCAUUUACAGACAAUAUAUCAAUUCUCAAGUCAUCACACUGGUUCCUGAUAACAACGGCGUGACAGCACAGAUAUGGCUGGUCUUCAAGGCUCCCAGAUCGUCGAAGGAGAAUACGAGAAGAAGAAUCGAGAGCAUUCUGCGCCAGAUGCUGGGCAACCACUCAGGGUCGGUGGCGACAGACCCUAAUUCUCUGAGACUCCAGGUCCUGAUAACAACGGCUGACAAGCAGCAGAUAUGGCUGGUUUUCAAGGCUCCCCAGAUCGACGAGAGGAGAAUACGAGAAGAAGAUCGGAGAGCAUUCUCGGCUCAGUGCUGGGGCAACCACUUCAGGUCGGCUGGCGACAGACCCAAUUCUCCUGAGACUCCAGGAAGUAUGUGUGCUCGAGUUGUGCUGAAGGCCGAUGCUGAUAGUGAUACACAGAUGGUGUGCUGUGGGAGACGAGCGAGGAUGUCAGCCACCUACGACCGAAUCAGGGGGGGCUCCACCGCGCAGGAGGGAGAAUGGCCGUGGCAGGCGAGCCUCAAAAAGAACGGGAGACACUACUGCGGGGCGUCCCUGAUCGGGGAAAGGCACCUGGUGACGGCAGCUCACUGCUUUCAACAGACAAAAAAUCCAAAAAACUAUACUGUCAGCUUUGGCACUAAAGUAACUCCUUCUUAUAUGCAACAUUAUGUUCAAGAAAUUAUUACUCAUGAAGACUACGUCCAGGGUGAAAAACAUGAUGACAUUGCUAUUUUACUGCUCACUGAGAAAGUUUUAUUUAAGAACGACGUACACCGAGUUUGUCUUCCUGAAGCCACGCAGAAUUUUCCACCAGGUGAAGGAGUAGUUGUUACAGGCUGGGGAGCACUUUCAUAUGAUGGUAAGUCCAGUGAAAAGUUAACAUGCGGUGUAAAGUACAGAAGCAACAAGAAAACUUAG